AUGUCACGGUGCCCGUUGCAUCGGUAUAUUCCUUCCCUUUCCGCCCUUUUGCUCCACCGCGUGGUUCACCGUACCGCGUGUUCCUUCCCUACCUUCGCGAUAUCACCGAGUUUCUACGUGUCCCCUCUGUGCCGUCUCUGUUCCACUUCGAUCCGCCGAGUGUGUCCGUGGCCACGGUGGCUGUUUAUCUCCUCGCCGCUUGCCUUCUUUCCUUCCUUUCCUUCCUCCCCUCCCCUCCCCUCUUCUUUUUUCUCCUCUGUCGAUUUAACGGAACCCUGUCCGAGGGAUACGCUGGAUAUCUCGGACGAUGGGAAACAUUCUCCGCGUUGCGGACGUGUGCGUUUGUAUCGUUUAAAGUGAACGGAAAAAUGGACGCCGCCUGCAUCCCGCAGUUACGAUAAUCUCUCGGUUAUUUUUGUUAUGGCCGCCGCGAUUCGAUCGUGGUUUGCGUGUAUCCCCGGCUGUCGGUGGCUCGAUCUCUCGCCCCUUGUUCAUCCCUGUGUCUUAUAACAUCAAACGUAGUUGCGAGUCGUGAUUUCCAUUCGAAGGAAAAGGCAAAUUGUCGUUAUAUACGUUUCAAGUAUACUUUACAUCCGACACGAUGUAACAAAUCGCAAUCUAAGGAGAUUGAAAUGAAAAUCAUGAGACAGGGUAUUUCCUAAAAGCGUCUCAGAGAUUUCUCGACUAGAGGAUGUAUGUUCCUGUUUUCUUAUAGAUCUUCAAACGUUUGAUUCGAGAAAUUUAAUGCUAGUCAUUUAGCACGUGAGAUGCGUCGUAUAUUUGUAAAACGUUAUUAUACAAUAAAAAAACUAUUAUCAUUAUAUAUCAUAUUAGUAUAAUUUUAUAUUAUUAUAAAAUUAUAAAUCAUUAUAAUAAUGUAUUAUUUAAAAAACUAUUUAUUGUUUUUCUGAUAUAUAUAUACAGAAGUGAAUCUCAAUUCCACUUUUUUGUUUUCAGAAUGUUCGGAAGCAUGAAACGAUGUGCUCGAUGCCACGCAGCGAUCCUCGCCUCGGAACUGGUGAUGCGAGCCAGAGACCUCGUGUUCCACGUCCGUUGUUUCUCGUGUGCCGCGUGCGCGGUUCCGCUGACAAAGGGCGAUCAUUUCGGCAUGAGGGACGGCGCGGUUCUCUGCCGGUUGCAUUACGAAAUAGGCGCGGAGUUGCAUCCGUCGCAGAGUCCUCCGGUCCCGGUUUAUCCGCCUGGUCCUCACUACCCUGGCCAGCCAUUCCCCUCCCCGGAAUUCCUUCAUCAUCAUCACCAUCAUCAUCAUCAUCAUCAUCAUGCGUCGCAUCCGCCUCACCCGCAUCACUCGAUGCACCCGCAACAUCCCCAUAGCCACGUGAGCCCAGUGCCGCUUCAGCCUUCCACGCCAUCGGUACCUGACGCCGGAUCACCACCCAAGGUACCGUACUUUAAUGGCGCCGCUGUCGUGCCACCACCUAGACAAAAGGGCAGGCCUAGGAAGAGGAAACCGAAGGAUCUCGAAGCUAUGACCGCUAACAUAGAUUUGAACGCGGACUACAUAGAUAUGCCGUUCGGCAGAGGAGGACCGGCGACUCCCGGCAUACCUGGAUCCAACAGCAGAACAAAACGAAUGAGAACGAGUUUCAAGCAUCACCAGUUAAGGACUAUGAAGAGUUAUUUCGCAAUCAAUCACAAUCCAGACGCGAAGGAUCUUAAGCAACUUUCCCAGAAAACUGGCUUGCCAAAAAGAGUGUUGCAGGUCUGGUUCCAGAACGCCCGCGCAAAAUGGCGGCGCAUGGUGCUGAAGCAAGAGGGGAAGUCGGACAAGUGCGACAGCAGCGUGGACGGCGGUUCCCUUGGCGACCUUGAGCUUUAUGGCAACAGCACCGGAAGCGGCGGCCCGCCAAUGAGCCCUCCAUUCAUGUUGGGUGGACCGCACAGUCCGGCGUCCUUGGCGUCCUUGGACUGCGCGUGAUCCCCGAAAUUUCGUGUCCGGAACAGGCCAGCCGAGCGAUUCGCGAAACGAUUCUCGUCGUUUAUGUGGUCUAGAGUUCACGGCUACGAAGCCACUUACACCGACGGGACGAGCCGAUCGUUUCGUUCGAUCGUGUAAAUUUACGAUACCCUUCGCCUUUAAAAGGGCGCGGAUAAUAAGACGCUGUGAAUAAUUUAUUCGUCGAAGGCAUCUCGAGCGGUUCGAACGAUCUCUCGACUUCAGAGAUCAUUCUUUUACGUGGCUGGGUGGAUCUACCGAUUGAGAUAUAAAAUAAAUACACUGGCGUGGGACUCGAUUAGAACGAGAGAGAGACUUCUCAGAGGUGUGCACUGUAGCACGCCACGUGUAUAUAGAACAUUUAUUUUCAGUUUCAAUUAUGAGUGAAAGGGUGAACAUGGGAGUUUCCUUAGCAAGGGCGUUCUCCGAGCGACGUUCGAUCAACGGCGGAAAUGGAGGCUGUAUCAUAAUGAAGAAUAAAGUAAUCGAAGGGUGUGUAAGGUUAUAUUUAUUGCGAGCGAGAGCUUGAUUUUUAGGACACAGUUCUUUGUUGUAGAAAACGCGUUAUCGGAACGAUGACGUAAAAUUUUACGUACGCACGAAGCGUGCACGCUUCAAUGGAAUCCAGCUCGAAGAACUGUUUGUAAUUAUUAUUAAUGUCUAUUUAUUGGUUCAUAAACGUCUUAAGGUAAGCUUAGUUAAGCGUUACGAACUUACCAGUGCUGUGUGAAAAUCCAACGUUUCCAUGGGAGUUGUGGAAGAAGGGAUGAACUUUGUACUUGGUAAUAAUAUCAAGUACAAAGUUCAGCCCUUUGACAUUACGAUAUUAUUGCUGACGAUCGAUAUCGGCGACGGAUCGUUGGGCUCGUGAGUUGAAACGCACGGAACGAAGAGUCAUCGAAAUUGUUAAUUAAAAAGAAAACGUUGGUGUGUUUCGUGUCGUGCGAAACGUUGGGUUUUAACGUCGAAUAAAUACGAGUAUAUAAAUAUAUAAAUAUAUUAUUUAUGAAUAAAUUCGGGCACGUCGAGCGUGUCAAUUAACAAGUGUGACUGUAAUUAUUGCUCAAGUAAAGAACAGAACGGUAAAAAAUGGAAUAAAUCAAAGAGGAAGAAUAGGGGGGGGGGGUGUUAGAAUGAAUUGCAGCUCGCAUCGUGCCCGAUCGCGAAUCAUUGACGUUAACUUCACGGUAAAUGUUGUAAAUAAAGGACGUUCCUCGAGUUUCUUAAGGCACCGCUAUAGGUUGUAGGGACUCUAAUUGCAUUCGGUAGCGGUUCUGUUAGACAAGGUAAUAAUGAUGACGUCGAUUAUUAUUAUUAUCACUCCUAUUAAUAUCCUGUAAUGAAUGGAACGAUUGUCUAAUUUUACAAGAUGAUUUUUUCAUUGAAUAUAUUUUGACAAU